AUGCGAACCUCGGAUGUGCCUGGAUAUGAUACUCGAGCACAUGCGGUGUACGAAUGCUUGAAACGAGACUUCGUUGAAAAACAACUCAAGUCAGGAGCUCUCAAUGAUGUAGUCGUGACGCUGAUAUCGAUGAGCAAUACUGCCACUGUCGAGAUUAAUAAGAAAACUCUCGACGACUCGUUGAUUCACGACUUGCAAAGACUAUCCAAACGACAACCAAAGUUGCAUGGAAACUACAUCCCAGCGCUAGACAAGGCGCUGGAAAUAACGAAAGCUGAUGCCGAAAACACGUCGAGUCUUCUGUUCCUUUUCUUUUCGGAUGGGGCACCGAGUGAUCACCAAUUCAUGAAGUGUACUCAUGGUAUUAAUGUCUUCAGCAAAAUAAACCAAAGAAAUGACCGAAGAAAUGACCGUAAAAUGGAACGCACAUCAAGAAAUCAAGCUUGGAAAUGCUUGACGCAAUCCUUCCGGUCGAGGAUCCUUCAACGAGGCAUAGACAUCUUCUGCUUCAUGCGCCGAGAUGUCAGACUCGGCCAAAUGACAUACACGUUCUCUUGA